GAUAGGCCUCCUGGAUCACCAGGAAGUACCAGCUCUGUCCGUGGCUCAUGCCAAACUCCUGCUGAAGGCUACUCUCAUCAACACCACCCACGACCCUUCUUCUACAUACAGCCUUCACAGCCCUAUGUCCCAUACCAGUGGCAUAUGCCUUUGCAGUAUGGUCCAUACUAUGGUUAUCCUGGCUUUGGUUAUGGUGUGGUUAUGCCAGCAAGCCCGUAUGGUUUCCCAUCAAACCCUUACAUGGAAACCCCUGGUUAUGUUGUCCCCCACACCCAACUGCACCUAACUGAUUACAGACGGCUGCUGAAUCCACACUUUACUCCAGCCAUGGCUUAUCACACCCGUCGGUUCCGCUACCAGCAUGUUACUGCUCCCAGGGAGACCACAAGCUCAGAGGUGCAAACAGACCCACUGCCCCAGGGCACAAGUGACUCCUGGCUGUCUGGUGCCUCUGAGAAUGGUGUUCGGUCAGCCCAGUCCACAAGGUCUGACUCUGGCCAGGGGAGUUCCAGUACCAACACAUCAACCUCCCUAUGCUUGGAAGCUAGCCCACAAGCUGGUGGGGCAGAGGGCCUACGUGAUCCUGAUGUAGAAGUGAUGCCUACACCACCUCAGGCUACUGCCACACCCAAGGGUGCAUGUAUGUUCCAAAGGGAGGAGGUAAGAAUUGAAUGCGAUGGUGCUCUGUCGGGUCUCAAGAUCGUCAGCUCACAUGAGACAACUGCUGAGUCUACUCAGGAUGCUCCUGGUGACCUGGCGCAGUGUGACGUGUGGUCGGUCAGCUCUGCUGAGGGGAUCAUCCCAUUGUACCACCCGCCCUUGACUGAAGGGACUGCGAUAACACAGGAUGGAAUGUGUCUGACAGAGCAGCUUGAGCAACAGCCAUGUAUGCCUUCUUACCCAGACAUCUUACUGGUUGGUGGUUCUCCUUCAAGUGGUACUGAGAAGCCGGAGCUCCCUUGCACAGAGGGAUGCAAUGUUCCUGCUAGGAAAACUGCAUCGGAUCCCGUCACUGACAUUGUGCAAGUGUGCAGGGAAGCAGGAAACAACAAUGCAAGUUCCUUGAAAGAGGCUUGCUUCAAGAUCCUUAGGCUGCCCUUUGAAAUGCGCUACUUCGAGGGGCUGCAGAAGGUGGAGUCAUCAGUGUGGUCAAUGGAACCACUAGUUCCAUACAUGCCUUUGGUAGACCAGAAGGUUCAACAUGACUUGGAAGAUAAAAAGGUGAUUGAAAAGAAUGUGCCAGCAAAGAUGGCAGAAGCCUGUGAGGUACCUAUGGAGACCAGUGUGAGCCAGGUCCCUGUGACCUCUUCUGAGGCACAUUGUGAGAAUUCUACCUCUGUGCCUCCCUACCUCCCCUCAGGGAGCUGGUUGGCAGACUUUGGCAAUGUGUACUACUAUAGUAAACUACCCCCAAGUGUGCAGGAGCACCUGAGUAGCUUCAGUGCCUCUGCAGAGCAGCUCGGGGACAAGCUGAGCAACGAUUCUGAAGGUCAGGCUAUGGUCACAUUUGCUGGGAGAAUGGCAGGGAAACACACACACCUCCUGAGUUUGGAUGGAAAAGGACACCUCUACCCCAAGGAUCACCUGACUCGGCUCCCUGCUAUAAAAUCAAUCAUCCCUAGUGAUGACGGACAGCGGAGCUGCUCUCGGUGUGCAAAGCGUAGUAUCCCAUGUGGUUCGACUCUGAAAGUUUCAGGUGUUAAAAGGCACAGAACUGCUCUUCCAGCCUCAACCGACAUGACAUUAUCUCGUGUGACAUGCAGAUGUUGUUCGGGGAAAGUUCUGAGAAAAGGUUCUGGACCAAAUGUACUGGACUCUCAGGAUGGUGCCAAGGAGAUGGAAAAUGAUGCAGCGCAGAAUGGUGCCCACCCAGCAAUGCCAAAACAGCUGUGUUGUGAGGCAAAUAGGCCCACAGAGGGUGGAGGGCCCAAGUGUUCAAAGAGGCACUUGGAGAAAUGCUCUGUCAAGCUCGCAAAGCUCCGUGAGCAGAACUGUGCUUGCAAGGAUCUUGGUGAUUCUGGCAUUUAUGGAGGAUCCUCGCCAAAGCGCACCAGCAUGGUCGGAGUCUGCAAUGAGAACGUGGUUGUCUGGAAUGGGGCUGGAGAUGAAAGGAAAACUCAAGAGCAAAGAUCCAACUCCCAGAGAUCUCAGAGGGAGAAGUCACGGCAAGGGACUGUGCCUGUUCCUGGUAAGGGGGGUUCUGAGAACGGCAACAGGCUGAAGAACCACAGCAAACAGAGAAAACAAUGCGCACUGUCACAAGAGAGACUGCACUUAAAGACAUCUAGCAAGGUUAUUGCACAGCAAUUACAGAAAAAUGACACUGAAGCACUUGUUGAAGGAUUCUUCAACCAGUCCAGUUGGACCAAACAUGGAACAAACAGAAGAGACACAAGGUAUUGAUUUUUCAUGGUCACAGAGUAGAUCACUGAAACUUCAGCACUGUUCAGGGACUUGACAC